CAGUGAUUCGCCGUCUUUGACUUGUUUGUCGGCUGGUUACAUCAUUUUCGGCGUCGUCGGCGUUGGCCACAUUGAGCAAAGCAAACAAAUCUCUUCCUGCACCGCACGUUGGUUCGGCCGCCCAACACAAGAAAGAAAAAAGCUGUACAAAGGGGGGGGGGAAUCAGUUCUUUUUUUUCUCUUGUUCUCCUCCUUUAGGAAGACCAGAUACUUUUAUUUCUUUUCUUUUUUUUUGAGGUUCCGGCUAGUCACCACCACUGCACCUCGGCAUCGUCACGGCCUCCUCUUUUGCCUGUCUUUUGCUUCUACUUGCAUAUUUUCCUUUGUUUUUGUCUCCCACCAUGACCAUGACACUCAACAUUGCGGCCGUCGGCUCAGCUGCUGCUGCUAGCAUCGUCGCAUAUCUCAUCUGGGCCGCCUAUCCCAAGCCCAUCCCUGGAAUCCCAUACAACAAGGACUCGGCCGUCUCUAUACUAGGAGACCUGCCGCGGCUGUUGGCGCAGAUCAAGCGCGACGGCGAUGUCAAGCGGUUCUUCAUUGCCGAGGCGUACAAGUUUGACGGGCCCAUCUUCCAGCUGUUCCUGUUUCCGUUCCGCCGCCCUGUCGUUGUCAUCUCCGACUUUGGCGAGAUCCGCGACAUCAUGAUGCACCGCGUCAAGGAGUUUGAUCGAUCUACUCGAUCCCGCGACAUCUUCCAGCCCAUCGGUCCUUGUUCACAAGUUACCCUAGCCACCGACGACAUCUGGAGGUUCCACCGGCGUCUUGUCCAGGACACCAUGUCACCCGUCUUUCUGCGCAACAUCGCCGCGCCCAACUUGUACAGCGCCUUUCAGAAUCUCAUUGUCCUCUGGAACCAGCGCUGCGAUUUGGCAGAUGGUCGCCCGUUUUCUGUUGCCCUCGAUUUCUCUGCUGCCACGUUUGACGGUGUCCUCGCCUUUACGUUUGGCCACGACUUUGCUCACUCAGCAACAAAACCGCACAUUGAGGCGCUAGCUGGUCUUUCAUCAGACGACCUCACCCACAGUUUAGGGAUGGAUGACGCCGUGGAGUUCCCGGCUGGGCCGCUGCACAGCGAUCUCGACUGUAUGCAGCGCGUGGCUACGCAGACAGAAAAGUGGUCGUCGUUUCCCAUGGUCAAGCUGGCUUGGCUGCUGUUUGGCAACACGGCCGAGUUCCGUAGACUUUUCAAAAUGAAGGAUGCUGUGAUUCAAGAGGAAAUUCGCAAGGCUGUAGUGAGCCAGACGCAGCACGAGGACGAUGAUACGCGCCUCAAGCACGCCAUUGACCUAAUUGUAAGUCGCGAGACGCGGCUUGCCGAAAAGGAUGGACGCCAGCCCGACUAUUAUUCACGGACACUCGUAGACGAGUUAUACGGCUUCCUCAUUGCCGGCCACGAAACAACAAGCAGCACAAUGGCAUGGACCAUCAAAAUCCUCACCGAAUUCCCAGCUGUCCAAACCAAACUGCGCUCCGUCCUCCACCAAACCCACUCCACCGCUGCCUCUGAAAAACGCAACCCUACCGUAGACGAGCUCAUGUCCCACACACCCGCCUACCUCGAGGCCUUCAUGGCCGAGACCCUUCGCUGGAAGACUCCCUCGCCCAUCAACUCCCGCACAGCUACCCAGGACGCCCGCAUCCUCGGCCACCACAUCCCCAAGCACACCACUGUCAACUUUGUCGCCGACGGGCCCAGCUUCCUCAGCCGCUCCCGCAAGGUCGACGACGCCCUGCGCACCGACACGUACCGCAAAGACCAGGCGACGUAUCCGAUGGCCGCGGAGACGGACGACAUGGACCAGUUUAUCCCGGAGCGGUGGCUGCGCGAGAACCUGGAGACGGGCGAUGUCGUGUUUGAUGUGAAUCUGUGGCCGAAUACGUCGUUUGGGCUGGGUCCGCGGGGCUGCUUCGGCAAGAAGCUCGCGUAUAUCGAGUACCAGUUUCUGAUUGUGCUGAUUGUGUGGAACUUUGAGCUGCUGGGUGUGCCGGAGACGUUGUCGGGCUGGGAGGGCUUUGUGCAGAUUGCGUAUAGGCCGCGGCAGUGCUAUAUCCGCGCGAGGAAGCUGGGUAUGGAUGGCCGCGUGUGAGGCGUUUUUUUUAUCUUUUAUUUUUAGCUAGGCGUUUUGGAGGGCUGCGUAUAGUAGCAUUGGAUAGUUUGCUUUUGGGUUAAUUUGGGUAUAAUAUUUAAUGCAUGACUACCAAUACGCAGGUACUGCGGCAUAAGCUGGCAUACAAAUCAAUCAACGCCAUAAACUCCUUCCGAUACCAUGAUUUCUCGUCCCUUGAUAUAUAAUUCAUCCCGUCUAUAUUUCUAUAUUUUUCGUACUUUCUUUCUCCUUUGUUGUAACGCCGUCUUUAACGCCUUCAACUUCUGACUCCUCUGGUAGAGAGACUGCGUUUAUACCUUCAACAAGCUCGUCCGUUUCGUCAGGCACCUGUCUCGGUAUCGAUUCGCUAUCUUCCUUUCGUUCGGUGAGAUUUCUCCCAUUGGUUUUCACUGCAUCUGCGCCACCAUUCGCAUCAACUGUAGGCUUCUGCUCCUCUUCAUGCGGCUGGGGCCCAAAGUACGUAAUACCGCCGUGUACCUCACCCGUUGGAGACUGUUGCUUAGACAGACCCAAAUCGUCACCAGUUUGAGUACCAGCAUCUGCCGCCACAUAGUUUGUUGAGUGUCUUGCUGAGCUCGAACUAGAGACCCCGCUGGUCCGGCGGCCAUCCACGCUCAUAAAGCCGUGGAACUUGUCGUACACGGGACUCUUUGGGCUCGGAUGAAACUCGAAAUCGUGGCUCGCACCGCGCUUAUGUGUCCCCGCGUCUGUAAUAUGUAGUCCUUCCUUCUCCAGCGCCAGAAACCCAUACGGAUCAGGAUCUGUCGCCUCCGGCACGCCAAACAGCCUAUCAUCCACUGUCCCCUCAGUAUCCAGCUCCCUGAGAAUACCCUCAUCAACAUCACUGCUCCCUUCAGCCGCUUUCAGCGUCUCCGUCAAGCGGCGAUACGACGCAGUAGGUGGAUUCUUCACUUUACCUGCCAAAAUAUCCGUCGCGCUAAUCUUCUCUCCGUAAAACUUUUCAUUCUCGUCAGACCGCUCAAUCACAAUAGUGCCGUCGACCUGGACGCCCGCAUAGAAGCCCCGCGACUUGAGAUACGUAAACACCGGCCGGUUCGCCUCUUUCCAUUUACCGUCAUUCUCUAGGAUGCCACCGACGCCCACGGGCCCAGCUACGGCGCUAAUCUCGCCGCCCACUGUCGCGCGCACCUUAGUAAACGACUCGAGCGCCUUGCGGUUGUUGAUGACGAGCACGCAGUCGUAAAUAUCGAUGCCGACGAGAAAGCCGAGUCCGGCCGUGUGCAGCAUGAUACCGGAUGGCGGCGACCAUGAGCCGUCUUCCGUGCGCGCGACGAGCACGCCUGAGCCGCCAGCGCCAGACAUCCAGAGGCCUGCGCGCAUGGUGGUGAAGAUGGCGAGGCCCACGGCAUUUUCAAUGACUUUUUGGGGAAUCUUUUUGAUGACGCGCUGCUGCUGCUUGGGGCCGUCUUUCGGUGUGUCGGUAGUGUCGUCUGCGUAGAAUCCGUC